AUGGCCCUGUGUGCAAGAUCCCCCCUGGGAACAGGCCCAGAACAGAAAGAACAAAAUGAGAGACAUGGAGGAAAAGCAUCCUCCUUCCCAACUGGAUGCAGGCAGUGCCCCGACUGCCUGGUAGCCAUUGUGUUUGACAGAUGCGGAUGCGAGAGGGAGGAGGAUGACCUCUUGGGAGCUAUUGAUCAGCGCUGCUGCCUCCCCAGUCCCCCAGCUCAGCUGCCCUACCUCCCUUCCUGGAUUAGCAACAGAAAAGAGGGGAUGGAACCCCUGGGCCUGGUUACUUUCCAGCUCUUUGAAGAUGAGUUUCCAAAAACAGUAGAAAACGUCUGUGCUCUGAGCACUGGAGAGAUUUGGUUACAAGGGAUCCUGUUUACAUGCCAGGGUGGUGACUUCACUCACCAUAAUGGCAUUGGUGGCAAGUCCAUCCAUGAGGAGAAAUAUACUGAUGAGAAUUUCAUCCUGAAGCACCAGGGUCUUGGCACCUUAUCCAUGGCAAAUGCUGGACCCAGCACAAAUGGCACCCAGUUUUUCAUCUGUACUGCUAAGACUGAUUGGUCAGAUGGCAGGCACGUGUUCUUUGGCCAAAUGAAAGAAGGCAUGAACAUUGUGGAAGUCAUGGACUAUUGCACUUCUCAGGAUGGCAAGACGAGCAAGAAGAUCACCAUUGCUGACUGUGGACAAAUCUAA